UACCACAAUGGUUCCAUGAUCUUCCAAAUCGGAGCAUACAGAAAACAAAAGAAGAAAGGUUUUUUUUUUCUUGGGCAUAUCCCAAGUUUCCUUUUGUCUUUCCUUCUUUAUUUUUUCUUCUGGAUAUAAUUCUCCAAGAAGAGAACAAAACCCUUAUUUCUAAAACUCCAUCAAAGUUGAUCGUAAUGGGAAACUGUUUAGUCGGAAAGAAGAUUGCAAAUGUUGCUGAAGAAGAUGAUCGAUGUGAAGAAGUGAUAGCGAAGAAAGAUUACAAAGGGAAAGAUCGCAAAGUGAAGAUUGUUAUAACGAGAGAUGAGUUAGAGAAACUCAUACUUUUCCAGCUUAACGCAGACGGUGCAGCUAAAGGAGGAGAUGCCACGUCGGCUUCUUUUGGAGAUUUUCUAAUAGAACUCGAGGCGGAGAAAGUAGCCGGAGAAGCUGCGGCUGCGGCUGCAGAGGAAGAGAAGUCUCGCCGAAGAUUAUGUAGGAGGUGGAGACCGUCGUUGGAGAGUGUCAUCGAAUGGCCUGAAGAAGUAUAGUACUCUUUAUUUUAUUUUAUUUUCCUAUUAUUCAAGGUUUUCAAAUAUUUUAUUUUUCUACUAAAAGAAAUGGAUUUUCUUUUUGGAAAUUUACUUUUGCCUGUUUUUUCUAUGCGAUUUUUUUCCGAGAUCGUUUUUGGCAUCAAAGAUCUUGGGUUUUUGAAAUGGGCAAUGGUGUAUUACCAAAAAAACUAUCCGAAAAAAGAUUUCUAUGUUUUGUUUUCCUUUGUAAUUUUAUGUGCGUCAUCGUUAAUAAUGUUCAUAGCUCUGAGUAUAAUCGUUGGCUUUCAAGUUUGUCUCCCUCCCAUGUGUAAUAAUGUAAUAUUGUCUUAAGCAAAAAAAAAAGAAAAAAAAAAGUGUUAUUGUCAUGUGCUCUCUUUGUGUUUUUUUUAACGCUUCUAAUUCAACCAAAGUACUCUUUGAAUUCUAAACCAAAUCGGCCAGCAACAUAACCCAUAAAAACAUCAGCAGGCAUCUACAGAUUAACCCAUACGAAUGUAUGUCCAAAAAACAUCAGUAGGCAUCUCUUCCAAAUCUUACAAUUUUUUAACGCUUUAUGUUUUAUAUGUCCUUUAAGAAAAUGUUUUUUUUCCUUAAUUUAAAAAAACAAAAAAAAUAUUUUCCUCUCUUAUAAUUAUUUUAGAACUCGUUUGGAUCAGUUGUAUGUCAUUGUUUAAGGUAAAGAAAUAAAUUCCUAUUCGAUAUAUUCUUAACUCAUUUCAAUAUUUGUAGGAUAAAUUAAAUCAUUUCUUUUGUUUGCUCAAAACGUUAAAAUAUCAUAUAAAUGAAAAUAGGAAGAUACAAGAGUUUCAAUCGUAAGCAAAUGUUUCCCAGGCAAAAACAAAUAAAAACAAGGAAACACUAGAGAAAUUUGAACUAAAAGAAGCUAAAAGCUUUAAGUUAGCCAUUUUGACAAAAGAUUUUUGAACAGCCUUCGCUUCUCAUUUUCUUUGAAUAUGUGUUAAAUUAAUUCAAAAGAAAAAUAUCAUUUUUUACAUCUUAUGUGACCUUUUUGAUGAAAAAAAAAUACAUCAUCUAGCAUCAAAACAGAAAGCGUUAUUGUCUUGUGGCAAGCCACCGUGAUAGCGCUUCCGGCGAGCUUUGAAAUUUCCCAGCAGCCGGAAUGAUAAGCAUCUGUUUCUGACAUGUUGAUCCACAUGCUUUGCAAAAGAUGCAGCAGUGGUUGGUGUAGCUCCAUGUUUUCUAUCAUUCCUCUCUCUUUAUAAGGUAUGAAUGGAGACUUGGAAUGCAUGUCUUGUUAAGAGCGUUCAUAACAGACCACCACUUGCAUCCAUAAAUAAGCUCCAUUAGCUCCGACCAGUUUGUAGUGAAUCUCCAUUGCGGAAACAUUCGCAUCAGUUUUGUCCAGACUUCAGCGGAGUAUGGACAUUCAAAGAACAGAUGGUCCCUUGUUUCGGAAGGCUCUUGGCAGAGUACACAUGAAAGAUUUGUGUUAAUGUUCCAGCUUAGCAUUCCAUCCCCAGUUGCCAGCCUGUUUUGAUACGUAAGCCAAUGGAAGAGAGCAUACUUAGGCGUAUUAUGUUGAAACCAUACUCCUAUGGACCAUAGCGUUGGCUGUUCAUGAUUUCUGAUCAGUUUCCAGGUAAGCUUAGUCUUGAAAACAGGACGAAAUUUAUCAGUGCUCUAUUUCCAUAGAUCUUGAUCUUUUGAUGUUGACAUUUUCUCUUUCUGACGUUCAAAGAGAGAUUCCAAGUCAUUCAAAAGAUCAUUUCUAUGCCUUCGCCUACGACGAAUUGCCAUAGCCAUAGCCACUGUUGCUGUUGAAGGAAUACCCAUAUCAACGCAGCCACGAGGACCAAAGAUAUCAUGAAAACGUCCCAUAGGUGACCAAGAAUCAAACCAGAAGGAGCUGUCAUGACCAUUCCCGACCUUCAUCACAUGAAAGUCUUUACCUUUAUCUCGAUAUUUAAGAAAUUUGCACCACAUCCAGGAGCCAGAAGUUGUGUUAUCUCGUACUGACCACAGAGUGCCACGCUUGAUCAACUAGGUUUGAAUCCACUUAACCCAAAGGGAAGGUUGCAGAGAGACUAUCCGCCACACUAGUUUCAAGCAGCAAACCUGGUUUACAUCUUUCAGAGAUCGCAAUCCAAGUCCUCCUUCUUUCUUCUCCCGAGUAACUAUCUCCCAAAAUACCUUUGCUUUUCGAGUGUUCAGUUCGGGCCUCCUGACCACAAGAAAGCAGAACAUAAAUUAUUGAUCUUCUCUAUACACUCUCCUGGUAAGAAAUCCAACCCAUCCAAAAAUUAACAAUGCUCAGUAAGACAGACUUUAUGAGUUGCAAUCUUGAUACCAUUAAUAGAAACCGAUUUGUCCAAGCUCCAAUACAAUUCCUGAUCUUCUCAAUCAAGACUGCAUAAUCUAAUUUUCCCAUACGACGUGAGAGAAGAGGUAGCCCAAAGUAAUGAACAAGAAGUUCUCAUGAUGCAAACUCAAACUGUUGCUCUAUCUCAAGAGUUGUAUUUUUUGAUAUUCCAGCAUAAUAUAUUGUAGAUUUCUCCAUUCUUAUUUGCAGACCCGAGAUUCUGCCAAAAUAGUUAAAAACAUUCACAGUGCUCUCAAUUGAUCUUACUGUUCCAUGUUGAUUCAAAGUAUAAUAUUCGAAUAUUUCCAUGUUAGCAAAUUCAACUACUAGUUAACAUCAAUAAGAUUCAUUAUAUAUUACAAAAACGAUAUUUAACCUGACCAAUUUAUAUCUAAAUUUUCGUUCCAAGUCAUUAUAAAAUAAAUUAAGCUACUCAGAUACAAAUUUCAACUAAAAUAUUUUGGUUCUGCAAUUCAUGUAGGACCGCGAAAAUCCUGAUUGAAAAUCACGAAACAGAAAUCGAUAUAAACGAUAAGAUGAAGAUAGAAAACGUUUAAGAAAUCGUUAAGGAAAUCGACGAAUUCACGGAGUCGAGAUUUGAUAUCUUUCCUUAACUCAAUAAAUCGCCUGUAUUGUGUGACUGUUUGAAUGCGAUCUAUGAAUCCAAUGAUACAACUGUGACAAGACUGUUUCGCAACACCCGAAACAGAAUCUAACGAACUCUAACUACUACGAAUACUCUCGAGACACUUACUUUAAAAAACUAGAAAAAACUAAGAGAGAUUAUUUGCUGGUAGCUUUGGUGUUUCGCCUUUUCUGUGUG